AUGGGUCUCAAAAGUUAUUUCAAGGCCAAGAAGCCGGAGCCGGCUACUGACCCAGUGGUGGUGGAGAAGCCAGCCUUAUCACCUCCGCAACCAGAUCUAAACAUGGGACUGCAACCGCCAACGUCAAGGUUCCAAUCGUCAAGGAAUUCGUUGUCGAAUCGCUCCACUCAGAGCUCGACUUUCCUCGACGAUAUCAAGCAUGAGGUUAUGGUUAACUACUUAUACCAACAACAAUGCUCACAACUCUGGGUGAGCGACGGCAGUGGAGAGCUCGAGGGCGUCCUCCUCAGAAAGUCCAAAAAUACAUACAUGGCUUGCCCACCACAACUAGGCAGCUCGACAUUCGCGGCCGCAUGCGCUGCGCUGAAUGUGCAGUGCGCCAUGACAGUCAACUCGCGAGUCAUCAAGACCUUCUUGCAAUGGUCUCCUGAUGCGGUGGACGUUCCUCUCCUGAACGGUCUCAGAAUACAGAUCCUCCCCACAAUUGAAGAUCUCCCUCGGGCGCGGAAACAUCAGUUUGCUGCAUUUGUGGCGUCUGAGGCUCUCUUGGUUGUUUGGGAUGACGAUGCAUUGCACUUGGUGCAGCGAGCCAAGGCGAUUGAGUCGGAGUUGAUGGAAUUGGUCUGGAAGGCUGGAGAAGCAAAAGAUGAUGAGAAGGCUGACCCCAACACCAUCGUUUAUGAAGUUGAUGAAGAGAGUGGAGAGCUCAUCCCCGAGAAACGUGGUAUACACUUACAGAACUCUACAUUGGUCGCUCUAACGAUCAUGUUGGUCAUGACAUCCCUGGGCGCAGGAUUCCGAGAGAUCGCUGUUGAAGUAGAAGUGGACGGCGCUUACACGCGCCUUGCGCUACUGGUCCUGAUUCCGGUUAAUGUCUUCUUCACCCUUUUCUUCGGACAGGUCAUCAUCGGUUGUCUGGCUCAAAUGUUCGGUCCGGUCCGACAAAUGACUAUCAACUCCAAGUUCUACUCGGCGCGUGCUCCCCCACGGAUCCAGAGCAAAACACUGCCUCAUAUCACCAUCCAGUGCCCCGUGUACAAGGAAGGAUUAAGCUCUGUCAUUGCACCGACAGUCAAAUCCAUCAAACAGGCCAUCUCUACCUAUGAAUUGCAGGGUGGGUCUGCGAAUAUGUUCGUCAAUGACGAUGGUCUUCAACUCCUCGAUGAGGAUGAGCGACGUGCCAGAAUCGAAUUCUAUGCCGAUCACAGUAUUGGAUGGGUAGCAAGACCAAAGCACGGCGACAAUUUUAUCAGGAGGGGAAAAUUCAAGAAAGCCUCAAACAUGAAUUUCGCGCUUCACAUUUCUUGCAUGGUCGAAGACAAGCUGGCUUUAAUCCAACGUCCACUCGACUGGACUCAAGCCGAUGAGGCGCAAGCUUACGAACGAUGCUUGAAGGAAGUCCUCGAGGAGAACGGUCGUGCUUGGGCCGACGGGAACAUUCGCGUUGGCGAUUAUAUUCUGCUGAUUGAUUCCGAUACCCGUGUUCCUGCGGAUUGUCUCCUGGAUGCUUGCUCCGAGAUGGAGCAGUCUCCUGAGGUUGCUAUCUUGCAAUUCUCUUCCGGUGUCAUGCAGGUCGUUAACACCUACUUCGAGAACGGCAUCACUUUCUUCACCAACCUCAUCUAUAGCGCCAUCCGCUAUACCGUCUCCAACGGUGAUGUCGCUCCUUUCGUCGGUCACAAUGCUAUCCUGCGCUGGUCUGCCAUCCAACAAGUAUCCUACGAAGAUGAGGACGGCUACGAGAAGUUCUGGUCCGAAUCGCACGUGUCUGAGGAUUUCGACAUGUCUCUCCGUCUGCAAUGUGAUGGCUACACUAUCCGCCUCGCAGCCUGGGCCGGGGACGGAUUCAAGGAGGGCGUAUCGCUUACCGUGUAUGACGAGCUUGCGCGUUGGGAGAAGUACGCAUACGGAUGUAACGAACUGCUCUUCUACCCUAUCCGCAAGUGGAUCUACAAGGGCCCCUUUACCCCUCUCUUCCGUCGCUUCCUCUUCUCCAACAUCCGUCUCACAUCCAAGAUCACUAUUAUCUCGUACAUCGGCACCUACUAUGCUAUCGGGGCCGCCUGGAUCAUGACAACGGUCAACUACUUCGCUAUGGGUUGGUGGAACGGCUACCUCGACAAGUACUACGUCGACUCGUGGAAGGUGUGGUUCUCGAUCAUCAUCGUCUUCAACGGGCUGGGCAACGUAGCGCUCGCAGUACUACGGUACCGAAUCGGGGAGCGUAGCCUGCUGUAUUCGCUAUUCGAGAACUUCAAAUGGACGAUCAUGUUCGCCAUCUUCCUCGGUGGGCUAUCGCUGCACGUAUCGCAGGCUCUGCUAGCGCACAUGUUCGAGAUCGACAUGACGUGGGGUGCGACGGCCAAGGAAGCCGAGUUCUCCAACUUUUUCAUCGAGGUCCCCAAGGUGCUCAAGAAGUUCAAGUUCUCCAUGGCCUUCUCCAUCAUCGGCAUCGUGGGCAUGAUCAUCAUCGCCGUCGCGCCCUUCGUCCCCUACGACUGGCAGAUCAAGGACUUCGUCGCUAUCCUCCCCAUGGCCACCGUCACGGUCAGCCAUCUGCUACUCCCACUCGCGCUCAACCCGGCACUCAUGACCUUUUCGUGGUAG